AUGACUCUGUGGGCCCCUUCCCAGAACCCUGCCGGGCUACCACGGUUUCUAUCUAUGACCCUUGUGAUAUUCCUGCUUUCCCUAUGGUCUGUCACCAAUGCGCUUGCAACUCAGCCUCAACGGCCCCUCGGAGAGUCCCUGCCUGCAGAGCAAGGUUCGUUUGAGUACUUUGAAGAUGUUUUGGUCGAGACCGAUCUCGGAGAAAUCGAUGCGACAAGCGUGAACUCGUGGAGUGGGGAGGCACCUGCCCAGACAUUGCAAGAUUUGCUUGAUGCAUUGAACGUCAUGCAAGAUGAAUACUUCUGUUUGUGGCUUGGUACAUGGCCUACUAGUAUUGACUGGACUGCUACUGUUCUUGGGACGCAUGUUGGCGCAGCAUUGUCAUCCUUUACUUCCUCCUACGGACCGGGCGUUAGCAGUGGAGAGCAAUCGCAAAACUUCUCUUUUAUCGCGCUUGAGAACACCGUCAAUCAAUUCUUCAGUCACCUGAAUACCUUCUACUUUGGCGAAAAUGCAUUUGGUCUACGAAACCAGGCCUACGAUGACAUGCUCUGGGUGGUAUUGGACUGGCUGGAGAAUAUUAAAUUCCAAGACCUACAUACUGAUUGCCACUAUGCCCCCUCUAACGCAUCAAAUGCAUCUAACUCUUCUUCUGGCUCGACGUGGUAUGGCACUCAAUUCCGUGACUCGGCUGCACACCGAGCGCGCAUCUUCUACGAGCUGGCCUCGGUAGGAUGGGACAAAACCCUUUGCGAUGGUGGAAUGAUCUGGAAUCCAUCCCUCGUGCCAUACAAAAAUGCUAUCACAAAUGAGCUAUACAUUUCUGCAAGCAUUGCAAUGUAUCUUUACUUCCCCGGCGACCCCAUCGACGCCCCAUUCAUGACCACCAAUAAAGACCCAGCCUCUAGCGGGCACAACCCCAUAUACCUGAAAGCAGCAGUCGACGGGUAUAAAUGGCUAAAGGAGUCUAAAAUGACCGGCCUCUACGGUCUCUACGCCGACGGCUUCCAUAUCAAAAACUGGCGCAGCUCGUCGGACCCAGGCACACGGAAAUGCGAUGUACUUAACACGAUGGUAUUCACUUACAAUCAGGGCGUUGUUCUCAGCGGGCUGAGAGGCCUCUGGCUCGCCACCGGCUCACAGAAUUACCUCCGCGAUGGCCACGAGCUUAUUCACAAAGUCCUUCAAGCUACAGGUUGGCCGCACACUUCUUCAACCAAGUGGGCUGGACUCGGGCGUGGUGGUGUCCUCGAAGAGGCGUGCGAAUCGCACGCCACCUGCUCGCAGGACGGGCAGACUUUCAAAGGAAUAUUCUUCCACCAUCUAGCGGAAUUUUGUCGCCCUCUUCGGCCACAGGAGGAACGGUUCCUGGCGGGUGAUACGCGCCGGCCUGUUGAAGAUGAGAAAUGGGAGCAGGUCUCUAGUCGCCAUUUGAACCGAUGCCGUUCCUACGGACCAUGGAUCGAGCAUAAUGCCCGUGCGGCGCUUAUGACUCGAGACGACGAUGGCAAGUUUGGUAUGUGGUGGGGUUUACCAUUUUCGUCUACUAUAGCCGACGGUAUAGUAGGCAGCAGUACUCUCCCAGAGGGCGCAGUGGACUACCGGAAUGGCGAGAUAGAUGCCGAGGCUUUGACAUCAGGUGUACCACGGGACUUCAAUGAUCGUGGCCGUGGCCGCACGGUUGAGACACAAUCUGGCGGUGUUGCCGUGUUACGAGCUUUGUUCCAGUGGCAAACAAGCGAUGCCCUCUCAUGA